AUGAGAGAAGUAAUUAAUGUUAAUGUCGGACAGGCAGGUUGUCAAAUCGGAAAUGCUUGCUGGGAGCUGUACACAAUGGAGCACGGAAUCACCCCAGACGGAUACUUGCAGCCAGGACUAGAAAAGCCAAAGGGCGCUGAAGCUGGGUUUAGUACCUUCUUUAGUGAAACAGGGUCUGGAAAGUACGUGCCAAGGGCUCUUUACGUGGAUCUCGAACCCAAUGUCGUGGAUGAAGUCAGAACAGGCCCCUAUGGGAAUCUGUUCCACCCUGAACAGUUGAUUACAGGUAAAGAAGAUGCAGCAAACAACUACGCCAGAGGUCACUACACAGUUGGAAGAGAAUUGCUUGAUGACAUUUUGGACCGUGUAAGAAAAAUGGCAGACCAAUGUGACGGUCUACAGGGAUUCCUUUUCACUCACUCUUUGGGUGGUGGUACAGGAUCUGGUCUGGGAUCUCUUCUAUUAGAACAGUUCAGUAAUGAUUACGGUAAAAAGUCCAAGCUGGAAUUUGCUGUUUACCCUGCUCCACAGGUUUCAACCUCGGUGGUUGAACCUUACAACACGGUUCUAACCACCCAUACCACCUUGGAGAAUGCUGACUGUACUUUCAUGGUAGACAAUGAGGCUAUUUAUGACAUGUGCCGUAAGAAUUUGGGAAUUGUUCGUCCAACCUUUGCUAAUUUGAACAAUCUGAUCGCCCAAGUCGUCUCUUCAGUAACCGCUUCUUUGAGAUUUGACGGUUCAUUGAACGUGGAUCUAAAUGAGUUCCAGACCAACUUGGUUCCAUACCCAAGAAUUCAUUUCCCAUUGGUCUCCUACGCUCCUGUUCUAUCUAAACAGAGAGCUACUCACGAGUCCAACUCCGUAGCUGAAAUUACCGCUGCUUGUUUCGAUCCCAGCAACCAAAUGGUCAAGUGUGACCCUCGUUUAGGAAAGUAUAUGGCUACCUGUUUGUUGUAUAGAGGAGACGUUGUGACGCGUGAUGUUCAAACUGCCGUUGCCCACAUCAAGUCAAAGAAAACUGUUCAACUGGUGGACUGGUGUCCAACUGGUUUCAAGAUUGGUAUUUGUUAUGAAAAACCAACUCAACCAGCCUCAUCCGAACUAGCUGACGUCAAGAGAGCUCUUUGUAUGCUUUCCAACACUACUGCAAUUGCUGACGCCUGGAACAAGAUCGAUCACAAGUUUGAUCUGAUGUACAGAAGAAGAGCCUUCGUCCACUGGUACGUCAGUGAGGGAAUGGAAGAAGGAGAAUUCGCUGAAGCAAGAGAGAACUUGGCUGCUUUGGAGAGAGAUUACGUGGAACUGGGUUCUGACAGUUUCCCUGAAGAGGAGGAGGAGUAUUAG